UAGUUUUAUUUAAACAGGAAGAAAUUUAAUUAUUCUACUCGUCGUAAUAGUACGGCAAAUACGUUUUGUCUUAAUUUGUUUGUAUCAACUAUCAAGUAAGCGUGGGUGGGUUGGUUGGAUGUUUGUUAUUCAUUCGGUUUGACUAUAAGAAAGUUGCUUCUCUCAAAAGAGGAACGAGAUCGAGAUUGGAAUUUAUUUUGGAAUCUCAUCAUCGGAUUUUCCAUUGUGGUUUUUAAAAGUCAAGUAUAAAAAAUGGUGGAGAAAAACCAACCUUAAAUAGUCCAUUGCAUAACAACAUUUAUUAUACUACGUGGGCAAGUUUUGCCUAGUUUACAACACAAUACAAUACAGUGGAGAGAGAAUUAAAAUACUAAAAUCCAAUAAAAACAAGGCUUUAUAGUUUGACGAGAGAGUUCAAGGGUCACCCAUCACCAGAGAUCAACAACUCUGUCAACUUUGGUCAUCUAUUUACACUCGACAGAUAAAAUAAAUAAUUUCCUUCCCAUUCACUAUUUAUCAUGAUGGAAGUUCAAGAAGACAUUGUCGAUACAUUUUUAAGAUAUGGACUUUUUAUCGGAGCAGUUUUCCAACUUUUAUGCAUUGGGGCUGUAAUAGUUAUGCCAGAUAGUAAAUCUACCCUCUUUCAUGAACAAGAAUUUAGUGAUGACGAGAGAUCUUCAGAUCAAGGGAGUCCAACGAUAUCUCCGAAUCAUAAACAUCACAAGAAAUCACGAGGAAAGAAGAAACAGCGUUAACAAAAUCAUAAUAGUCAGAAGAUAAUACUCGUAUUUAAAUUUUGAUGAUCUCAUUCUAAUUUUUAAUUUGACUCGCCUAUUGUAUAAUUUUAGUUGACAUUUUGUAAAUCGUUCUCAAUAUGGAAUAAUGAAGCAAUACCACUUUUAAUUAA